ACAUGGCAUGCGCUGAAUGGCCAGAGACACGUAUCGAGGUCCUUCAAGAAGCUUGAUCAGGCUGAGCUGAGUUGUGAUUCGUUCCUUAGCACCCCAGACCGAUGAACAGCAUGCGACUGUCAGACUCCAGUGUGCCUUGGGUAGUACUGCCUGAAAGAGAACAGAUAACGAAUGAUCUAGGUUUCGUGUGUCCCGCAUUUUGAGAGAUCAUUCUCUGUCAUGGCGGUCGCUCGCGACGCUAUAUCUUUUGCCGAGUUUUUCCCGCUUCGAGAUCCAACCGAAAAUAUUAUCGGACAGCUUUAUCAAUGCCUAUGGGGUUGGCAAGAUUGUGUCGAGUGCGCAAAUCGUGGGGAAUGUGCGACGAUCGACUGUAGGUGGAUGUUGCGACCCUCACUGAGCUCCUUCAGCGAAUUCUACCAGCAUGCCACGUACCGAUACACAUCCGAGGACUGGUUUUGUUCUUUGCCGUUACUGCGGGAUCAUGGGGACUUGCAGCAGCUUAUACGGUUCAUCGUGGAACGGCCCGAGCUGACCCGAGAAGUUCUUAUGUCAGAGUAUUUCGGCCGAAGUAGUUAUGCCCAGACAACGGAGUCUGACAGGAAUCGAGCAGUGAAUCUCGCAUAUAGCAUCAUUUCCAUGCUACCUUGCGCCGAGAGAAAUCACUUCUAUGUCCGAUAUCCAAUACUGACUCCCGUGAUCUGGAAGAAAAGCCAGGCAGCUUGCGAGGUCUGGGGAGCCGCCUUACCGAUCGGGAAGACUCUGACAAAUGAAGAAGCACAAGUGGUCUCCAGAAGUUUGUCUGCCAAGCGGCUACAGGAGUGUGGCUUCGAGAUUGUCAACACGAACGAUCCUCGCUUACAUCUUGUGGAGGACUCCACAACGACGGUACGACGUGUCUACAUCUUCCAUCAAGCCGGGUUCUUGAAAGAGCAUCUUUCGUAUCAAGUCCGCCAUGGACUCGCGACCAAGUGAGUACACUCGCUCAAGAUGCGGAGCCUUCUUACCAAUUCUUGACACCUAGACAUAUUGUUCCGCGCCAACUAGCGCUGG